AUGUCAGAACCCAAUCCUGGCCGGCGUUACUAUCGUUGUUCUUAUGCAGCAAGGCUUAGGCUCAUUGAUGAUGAUCAUGUUUUCAAAUGGGUCGAUGAGGCACUUUAUGAUGAGAUAGAGACAUUGGCUUCAAAAAUGUCUAGUAUUGAACAAGUUGUGGAGCAUGAGAAGGUGUGUUUUGCGAGGAACCAGAUGGAUCUAGAGAAAGAAAUAUGUGAGAGGGUAGAAGACGUAUUGGCUGAAGCCAAAGCUGAAGCCAAAUCAAGCUUGAAGAAACUGAUGAUUGUUGUUCUUCUAGGUUUGAUGAUCGUGUUUGGUUUGACUAAAUUGAUUGGUUAUGAUGUUUGA